AUGCCGUCGAGCAAUGCUCACCGAAGCUUAUCCAAAUGGCUCUCCGACCACCUUCAUUCAAAGGAGAAAGAAGCAGAGGAGGUGGUCAGAGAGAUGGAGGCCACAGAGAUCGGAACAGCCCAUCGCGACAAAGAUUCUCACCAUCCUCUCGUCCUCAAUCCAAAGAUAGAGAAACUAACUGAAGACGAUGCAGCCACAGACUCUUCCAAUGACCAAGCGAUCAUCAAAAACCAAGUUCCUAUGAGCGAGCCUUCGUCGGAGCAGGUUCAGGUUCAAGUCUCAUUCUGGGACCAGGCUGCCGCAGUUCUUGCGGUGGAAAAUGCCGACCUCUAUGCGACGCUGGUGGAAUACAAAGACCACUCCCACGAGCUCCGAGAAUCUUUCGCACAGCCCGAGGGGGAAGAAGAAGAAGAAGAAGUGAAGGGCAAUGGCGUAACUAAACCGGUUCGGUCAAUUGCUGAUAUUAUCGCCGGGGUGGCUCAGAAGCAGAUGGAGGAUAUGGAACACAGACAGUGGGCACUCCCGGCCAAAGUCAAAGGCAAAGAGACACGCAUACGCCCACUCCUAGGGAAGAUCCUCGCCUAUGCGAGCGGAAUAAAGGAAAAGGCAGAUAACCUAAUCGACCUUGAUCCUACGGGGUAUGCGAAGCUUGCUUGGCUGCCUUUCAGCCUUGUGCUUGAUCUAGCGACGCUCGAUAUCGAACAAUACUAUGCGGCCAUGGAUGCUUUCUCUGAUUUAUCGCUGCUCGUGUAUCGGUACGAAAGUGUCGAUAAUUUUUACCGGUCGCAGGAAACAGACACGGUCUUCGAACAGCAAUUAGUGAAGCUGUACAAAAUGGUGCUGGAAUGUCAGGUUGCUCUGAUCGCCCACUUUAGGCGAAACGGGCUUCUGAAAUUCCUCAGAGCCGCUGCCGUAGUGGAUGAUUGGGAGUCCACGCUUGGGGACAUUGAAGAACAAGAUAAGCAAUGUCAAAGGCUUCUAGUCAAGUACAGGGACAAAGGCCUCGUUUCCAUGCAGCAAAAUGCACAGAAACUGGUUGCCAGCGUGAACAAGAAAGAAAUUAGCAGGGUUUUGAAAUGGAUUGGCCGUGAUCCGUCUGGCCAACGCAAGCUUAUUCUCGAGGACGCCAAACUGGAUAGUGAUUUCGAGAACGCUGGCAGGUGGCUGAUUGACGGCGACCUCUUCCAGAAAUGGUCAUCUGCCGAGCUGCGCGGACUGCAGCCCUUCUGGAUCCACGCUCCUGUUAUUGAAUUCCUCCUAGAGCGUGCCUUUCACAAGGACGACGAACAGGUCGCGUAUUUCUACUGCAGCAAGGGAAAUGCAGCGGGAAGCCCCGUAGCUGAGAUCCUCCGCUCCCUCGUCCGUCAACUAGCGUACUCUCCGAAGGACAAGAAGCUGUAUGACGAGAUCAAUGUUCUCUGGGAAGCCAGAAGCUCGCCGGAUACAGAUCCUUUAACUCUGAAAGAGUGCAAGCAGAUACUGAUACAGCUGCUCGGCCGCCCUGACUCAGCGGCCACUUUGCUCAUCGACGCGCUGGAUGAAUGCACAGCCAGGGUGUUCAUGUCCAGCAGAGACGAUGUAGAUGUCACCAGGACUUUGAUAACUUGUGAGUCCGUGAAUAUUGAGCCUGCGUCUGUUGCCGGUGACUUCCAAGUUUUUGUCAAGAAGUACGUCGAGACCGAAUGCCAACGCGGUCACGAACUUGGAGAGCAACACAACCUUGCCAUUCGAGAGCGCUUGAUACGUUCAGUAACAGACUUGGGACAAGGGGGUUUCAAGUGGGCCCAGCUGCAACUUGAAUACCUCCUGGACCAGGAUCCCUUCAACCCACGAGAUUUAGAAAACCGCAUAUCCAGAUUGGAAAGCGGACAAGGGAAGCCCGUGCUGAACGACGCAUACGACCAGCUCUACAGACGGAAGACCGGCGAAGACCAAGGCGCAAUCACCCACGCCGGGCGUGACCUACAACGUAUAUUGCAUUGGGUUCUCGCCUGCAAAAUUGAACCGAAAAUUUCACUCGUCAUCGAGGCGCUGCAACGCGACAAUGACCCCCAUGGACAUGGUCAAGGUCAAUGUGCUGGCCACGUUGAUGUUGCCUAUAUCCUGCGCGUGGCGAGCAAUUUUCUAGUGCUGGACGACGAGCACAUCCUCCAGUUUGCUCACCUUUCUGUAACGGAAUAUCUCCAGAUUGCGCGGGCAGCGGAGUACUCCAAUAUCCACGCACACUUCACCAUUUCCAACUCCUGUUUGCUCUACAUUAACAACUGUCCAGAUUCUCAGGACAUACCUGCUCCUAGCCAGUACAUAGAAGAUCUUACUUUUCCGCAGUAUGUUCUGAAGCAUUGGUGCUUCCACUGCGCGGAGAUCGGCGAUGAAGGAAGAAAACGCGGAGAGUUGGGUCAGAGGCUGGCCAGGCUGCUGCAGGUUGCACCUGUUGGAGCAACAUUUAUGACUUUCGUCACGAAGCUGCUUGCUUGGGACCCGCAGCCAGAUUUCUCCAAUGAAACCUGGAUGUGGGUCUCUGAGCCGCCAAACCCUUUCUUCCUUGCCUGUCUCUGGGGCUACCAGGAGGUAGUUGACUCGGCCAUAGAGCAGGACCCUGGGAUAGUGCAUCUCCGGACACGCGGCGAGUUUACAGGUCUUCAUCUUGCUGCUUCCAGAUGCAAAGACCGAGUAGCCGAGCGGCUUAUGCGUGCUGGUGCUGAUGUGAAUGCAACGGCCAGAGAAAGAUAUGAAACACCUUUGUAUAUCGCUGCCAAGGCAAAUUCUGUCAGGGUCAUUGAGUUAUUAUUCCAGAGUAAUGAUCUUGACGUUAAUGGAGACGCAGGAGGGAGAUGUCCACUCGUUGAGGCAGCCUUCCGGGGGUCCACUGGAGCGGUCGAGGCCCUGCUCAAGCAUAGCAGAAUCGAUGUCAACAGAAAUAUUUGGGUGACCCCUCUGGGUGCGGCCGUUUUUGAAGAGCACUUUGACGUUGUUGCUCUUCUGAUCAAGGAUCCCAGGGUCGACGUGAACAUGGACAUGGGAUUUGGUGUGGUGUUACCACAUAGUCUCAUUGCUCGUCGGAAUGCAGAUUGUGUACGGCUGUUGGUCCAGAUUCGGCCGGACCUUGAUAUAAACAAGGUUGACAAGUCAUUCUGCACGGCGAUCUACAGCGACCUUGUGUAUGGGAAUGGCGAGUUCGCCAAAAUAAUCCUUGAAAACCGCGACGACGUUAUUGUCAAUUUAGAAGACGACAGUUCCAGGUCCUCUUGUGAUGAUGAUGAUUAUGUCCCUUACUAUGGGUCCACGAUUCUCCACGCAGCCGUGUGGAAUAACCACUUAGAGGUCGUGAAGCUCCUACUUGGAAAGUUCAAAGAUAGCUUGAACCCCAACAUACAGGAACGACGCGGAAAUACGGCGCUGCACUACGCUGUAUAUAUGUGUUGCAUUGAAGCUCUCGAAAUGUUGCUCGACAACUCGAACAUCAACCUCGAUAUAACAAAUUAUGCAGGAUUGACGGCGCUGCAGGAAGCAGUUGGUCUGGGCAAUCUUAAACCUACUCGACUUCUGCUUCACCAUGGGGCUGACAAGCAUAUGGCUGAGAAUGGCUCAACGGCUGAGCAAAUGGCGAGGGACAAGGGACACAUUGAGGUUGCUAACCUUCUACAAGGGUGGGCAGGAUAA